CCAUGUGACACGGAUAUAAGUGCAGGCGUGCAGGGCAGCUAGCUAGCACUCAUGCUACAAGUGUAGAACAACAUACUGCCAUUACAAACCACCACCCACCACCAUUCCCCCACACCAACGCGAGGUCGGAGCAAGCUCCAGGAGCCAUGGCAGGCGCUUCGGCCACCGGCGCCCGCAAGGGCGGCAUCAAGGCCUACCGGAAGCUCCGCGGCUACGACCGCCUCGACGCCGCCGACGCGCAGCGCCGCCCGCCCCUCGCCACGGCCGAGCUCGGCGCUGGAGGCACCGGGGCUGCAGCGGGAGCGACGACGACCGCUGCGAGCCGGCGCCGCGGGUGGCGCGUGCGGCGGCGCGGGCUCGGGCGGCGGAUCCUGCGCGCGCUGUCGCCGCGGCGGUGGCUGGUGCGGCUCCGCGACGCGUACGUGAACGCCAUGCUCCGGCUGGCCUCCUCCGCCGCCGUCGGCUACGGCUCCGCGCCCUACUGCGUGGCCGGCGCCGACCCCUUCGCGCGCCCGCGCCCGCCCAAGGAGUACGAGGACAAGGUGCUCGUCGAGAUGUACCGCUCCAUCCUCGCGCGCGGCGGGGUCAUCCCCAUCUCCGCCGACACCUCGCUCGUCAUCGGCGCCGCACGGCCGCCGGCUCCGGCUCCGGCGGCCGCGGUGGCCUGAACGAGGACCGAUUUGGUGAUGCAGAGGCUAGCUUGUCACGCCAUUUGCCCCCUUGUCUCGCCGUGCAGGACUUGUGAUGUACUCUUCCUAAAUUGUACUAGCACAAAAACUGAUCUUCACACACGGCUGCUGUCGAUCCUGCUGUUACUGAAGUUCUGUACCGUAGCACUCUUGAUGCAAUUGGCAAAGUGAUAUUCUUACAGGUUUGAUCUUGCACUGGUA